AUGAGCACCAGCCCCCGCAAAGGCUCCUGCCUGUGCCGCGCGAUCGAGUUCGAGCUCCACGACGCGAGCACGGCAGGCGUGCUGUGCUACUGCACAAACUGCCGCAAGACGACGUCUGACCGCUUAAGGUCAUACAACAUCGCGACCAAGCCCGACGCGGUAGUGGUGACGAAGGGCUCGCCGUCCGUGUACCACGACACGACAACCAAGUCUGCCCUGCCCAUGGCGCGGUACUUCUGCGGGAGCUGCGGCUCGCCGCUGUGGUCGGACCCGCAAUCGGCCCCAGGCGCGAGAUACGUCAAGGUCGGCGCGCUCGACGACGCGCCCGAGGUCAAGCUCGCGGCCGAGGUGUUUGUCGAUUACGCGCUGGCGCAUGAGCCGAUUCCGAAGGAACAGUUUGGGCAGAGGCACUUUGAUAGUAACAAGAACGCCGUGUGA